UUCAACCGAAAUUGAAAGAAUCCGAUAUGCUCGAUCAUACAUUCUUCAAAUAAUUGGAGGCUAUCUCAUGGCCGACACGUCACGGAGCCGUGUACAUCUAAGGUGACUGCUAAAACUCGUUGAUUUUAGAGCAGCCGGUGAAUUUAGUUGGGGGUCUGCCGUCUUGGCAACAUUAUAUCGGGAGAUGUGCGGGGCGACCAAACCGAGGAGAGCAAAAAUCGGAGGUUGCCUGUCACUACUGCAAUCAUGGGCACGGUUUCGCUUUCCAUUUCUACGUCCUCGAGUGAACCACCCAUAUACAUUCCCACUCGUAACGAGGUGGAACCAUCCGGCAAGUUAUCGUGGAUUACCGACUGAACUUGAAGAUAUACGGCUUCUAUUGGAGCAAUGGUCGGAAGCAGAAUUUCAAUGGACACCAUACGAGGAUCCGGCAGUCCGGGCAGUAAUCCCGGAAAAGUUUUUACAAAAUCCGAACGCUUGGCACGUGAAAGUGGUGUUGAUCAACUAUGCAACCGUAGAGCCCCACCAGACAGACAGAGUCCUACGACAGUUUGGAUGUAGACAAUCGAUCCCUGCGAACCCUGAGGAGUUUGACGAGCACCACAAAAUCGACCUUCGGCUAUUAGGUACGGAUUGACCUAGAUACUGGUCAGUGUACAUAGAAAUGGGGAAAAUCGGAAUGAAUAUAUACCUACUCGGGAACCAAUCAUCGC